AGUAAAAAGUCAAAGUAAAAGUAGAAAUGACGUUUGACAGUUACAGUAAACGAAAUCAAAUUUAAAAAGUCGUUAUAGUUAGUAACUAAAAAAUAAGUUUUCUUUAUACAUCGGAAUACGAAUACAUAAAAGGCAAUGUCGGAAAUACGAACAUUCAAAGAAGUUGAAAAUAAAAUACACGAAGAAAUGUUUAAUAAUAUAUAUUUAUUAAAAUGUACUUACAAAACCAGUACAGACUUUGAAAAAGUUUUCAAAAAAGAUAUGUUUGUUAAAAACAAUAAGGCUGCAUUUUAUGAAGUGGUUUAUUAUCUAUUGGAUAUUUUAAAUUCAGAUUUAACAAAAAAGAAAUUACCAUCCUGGCCACCAUUAGAAAUUAAAAGAGAUAACAAGUUUCGAAGUGAAUUGCUGAAGUAUAUAAACGAAUUAAAUACUAUUUAUAAUUAUGCUAAUAUACCUCCACUAAUGUCUUCACAUUUGAUUUCACCGGGUGGAUUCAAAAUAGCCAAAUUUUUAUUGAUACUCUCCCGAUUGGUAAUGUUUGAGCAUUUAAAGAAAACAAAUUUAGGUUUGUUACUUUACUGUCCCAUACCAAACAAAGAUCCAAAUAUAACCCAGGGGAUGUUGAAUAAUAUAAACAAAUUGACAUCAGAAAUUGAAAUUCGAACUAAAGAAAAAAUUGAAAAUUUCCAAAAAUAUCAAAAUGAUCAGAAGUGUGCUGCUAAUAUGCUCGUUGAUAAGCUAGCAGAACUAGAUAAAAAAAUUUCAAUAGCAAAAAAGGAACUGAUAACAAAGGAAGAGGACUUUUAUAAAAAAUAUACUUUGUAUCCAUCAAUGAGUAGCUUAAGGGAAAAUUUUAAAGCAAUAAAACAAGAAUGGAAAAAUAUCUCAAGUAUAAAUAAUAUAUUUUUAGAAUGUAAAGAACUUACUUCAACUCUGUCAGGAAAUAAAUUAGUUGUAAAACACACUUUUGAUGAUAAACAAUCAACAGAAGGACAUGAAUUGAAUUUAUCCGAAUUUUUUUCAGAAGUUGCAACAAUGAUUAACAUAAAAUCUUUGGAAUUGCCAAAUCCAAGUAGUCAUUUUAUUGAACAAAAAGCAAAUAUAUUACGAUCAGUAAUAUAUGAAUGUUUACAAAUACAAAAGAAUCUAGAUAAUGAUAAAGAAAAAGUGAGCUCUCUUAUCAAACAUUUGUUUGAGAGUUUGAAAUAUGUUGAUAAUAUAAAUUCACUUGAAUUUGAGAAUGAUAGUCUAGAUGAUUCUUCAGAUGAUUUAGGAAUAAAACCAUUUGACGCUUCUGAUGAUUAAAUUUUACCAAUUUAAUGUUAGAAAAAAUAUGGUUGUAUAAUGUAUUUUUUUAUAUAUUUUUUGUAAUAAAAUGUUUAUUCUAUUUCAACUUUAAAAUAGGAAAAAAGAGAAAUAUACUGACAAAACAGGAAAAUAUACAAAAAUAUCUGCACGAUAAAAAGGACCUUCCUCAAUCCUUAUGGAAAUUGGGUUCCUGCCAAUUUUUCUCAAUUUUGGCACAAUGAUAGUUGAAAGUAAGCUGAUUAAACGUCUUAAUGGGCACGAAUCCAACCCCGUCGAAAUUAGCUCUGUGUGUCCGAAGGUACCCUGGGAAGAAAGGAAUUGUUCUGAAACUUGAUUGUUCAAAGCAAGUUGUUUGAAAGUCUCAAUGAGCACGAAAUUCCAAAAAAAAACAACCCCUUCAACUUUAACCCUGUUUAUGAAGUCACUUAUGCAAAUCAGUGAGACUUUUAAUCUACUUGCAUCAAAACUGUUGUGUCAAGUUUAAAUGUUAGAAAAAAUUAGUGUCUAUUGUUUAUAUAAUAUUUUUAAUUUCCUAUAGAAAAAUGUGAAAAAAAGAUUUGUAAAUUCUUUAUUUUUAAUUUUUGUGAUAAAUUUAGAUUCAAAAUUUAAGGAUGGUAAGAUUUAAUUGUUUUUUAUAUUCAAAUAAACUGUUACGAUAACCUAAGUAUUUUUAUUUCUUUUACAAAGUUAGUUAACAAAAAGUAUUCCCUAUAUUGUCAAAUUUUAGUUUUGUUGUAUCUAGCUCACUGUUUCUUAUAUAAACACUCAUGAGCUCAUACAAAUUGUACCAACUCAGAGAAGUCAUUUUUUAAGGUAUCUGCAACUACAAACUACACUAGAAAAUUGAGGUUAUGUUUUUGACGUCUAACGUCGAUCAGCUCGUAAAAAGUAGAUGCUUCGACGUUAAGUGCGCGUAC